GGGGCCCGGCGCCGCUUCCUGGGGCGGCGGGCCGGGCAUGGGGGGCGCCGGGUUGGGCUGGGGGCCCGCGGGCCUGUGGGUGACGCUGGCGCUGUUCUGGAGCGCGGGAGCCGCUCUGGCCGCGGAGGGGCCAGCCGAGCCCUGCGGGGCGGAUGGGUGGGCGCAGGACGCCGUCCCUCCGGGCGCGGCCUUCGUCGCCGCCGCGUCUUACCGCGGGCCCGGCAACAACGAUACGCGGAGCAACAAGGCGCUGCCCAUCCUGCUGUGGUGGAGCGGGAGCCUCUUCCCGCACUUCCCCGGCGACACGGAGCGCAUCGACUGCCCCCGCGGCUCCUGCCUCGUCACCCGGAGCCGGCGGGUGGCCCGGCACCGCCGCACCAAGGCGCUCAUCUUCUACGGCACCGACUUCAGGGCGUACGAGGCGCCGCUGCCCCGCCUGCCCCACCAGACCUGGGCGCUCUUCCACGAGGAGUCCCCCAUGAACAACUACGUGCUCUCGCACUCGCCCGGCAUUCGGCUCUUCAACUACACGGCCACCUUCCGCCGGGAGUCCGACUACCCGCUCACGCUGCAGUGGCUGCCGGGCACCGGGUACCUGCGGGCCCCGGCCGUGGCCCUGGCCGAGAAGGACGCGUGGCGGCGGAAGGGCUACGGCCCGGUGCUGUACAUGCAGUCCCACUGCGAUGUGCCCUCGGACAGGGACCGCUACGUGCGGGAGCUCAUGAAGUACAUCCAGGUUGACUCCUAUGGGAAAUGUCUGCAUAACCGUGAGCUCCCCAGUGAACGACUUAGAGACACUUCUACAGCCACUACAGAAGAUUCUGAAUUUAUGACUUUUAUUGCCAGGUACAAGUUUCAUCUGGCCUUGGAGAAUGCCAUAUGUGACGACUACAUGACAGAGAAGCUGUGGCGUCCCAUGCACUUGGGUGCUGUCCCAGUGUACCGAGGCUCCCCAGCUGUGCGGGACUGGAUGCCAAACAACCUCUCCAUCAUUCUUAUAGAUGAUUUUGACAGCCCCCGAGAGCUGGCAAAGUACCUUGAUUUCCUGGACAAGAAUGGAGAGGAAUAUUUGAAGUAUCUAGAGUAUAAAAACGUUGGUGGAAUCAAAAACCAGUUCUUGCUAGAGAGCUUGGAGAAGCGGGAGUGGGGUGUGAAUGACAUGACUCUGCCCAAUUACCUAAAUGGCUUUGAGUGUUUCAUCUGUGACAAGGAGAACACCCGCGUCAAAGAGGAGCAGAAACACAAGAAGUCUCGUGGAAAAAUUCCAGCUCCCAAACCUCAUAUAGCUCAGUUCAAGCACAUGGGAUGUCCUAUGCCAACCCCUGGGUUUGGAAGCGUUGAAGAUCUCUCUGAGGGAGACAGUUGGAAAGAAAUGUGGCUGCAGGAUUAUUGGCAAAGCCUUGAUCAGGGUGAGGCCCUCACUGCUAUGAUUCACCGCAAUGAGUCUCAUCAGGGAAGAUUUUGGGACUACAUGCAUGAGAUUUUUCUCAAGAGGACGAGGCAACGCUGACCUAUCUUUGUAAAAGCUUGAUUUGAAAAUUGCAUUGAAAGUUGAGUCUGUGAAUUCUUACCUCACUUCAAAUGUUUGCCUUGAUAAAAACCAAAAAACCUCUCACAGAGACAAUUUUUUCUGGUGCAGGAAGUGAGUAAGUUUCUGUUGUGAUUGGAUUUCAGCAGUGGAAAUGUUAGCAACUGCUUUGAUUUGGGUUUCAGCUCUGUGGUGUGAAGCCACUCCUGACUUGCAGGUGUCAACAUGUGGUGCAAAAGAGGAAUUUACUCUCCUUUUGCAUUUGCUAUACUUAUCUUGUGUCUUACAUGACUUCAGGCUCUUGCUCAAGUGCCCUAAGUUAUUUCAGGGAUUUUUUAAGUCUUCAGAAUAUUAGCUGUUUUUUAAAAGUAUUUUAUCAAUCACAUAUUCUCUUCAUUAAGAUGUACUUUUAGCUGCUAUUAACAAAUGGCUUUUCCAGUGAAGGAAUUAGAAAAGACACAUCUGUGAAGAGCAGUCGUGCCUUAUGAAAUUGCUGCAAUAUAGUCUCUUCUCCCCAAGUAACAUGCCUCAAAUACUCCUCCUUUACAAGGUAACUGAAUAACUAUGGGCAGGUCACUUAACUCUCUGCUAAUUUUCCUCUUUUGAUGACCUAGGAGAACAUGUGUACAGUGGGAUGGGAGAACAAAUUAUUUAAGUUGCAAUUUUCAACAAAGUAUUUCGCACCAGAAAGUAUAUUACCUGGUAUUGUGUAGAACAAAAUAAAAUUCUAUGCUUUGGUUCUUUUAAGGUUCUAUCGCAUCAGAAAUCUGUAAUUUUGACUUAUUGUUAUCUCUUUAAUGCUAGCAAUUCAGAGGCCUUGGAUUUUUUCCUUUUGAGUAUGUGCAGCUUUCUGCAAAGACAAAUACAAUUUGACAAUGGUGCCUUUCCAGGGGUCUUUGCAGUUUGGAUACAAGUCUCGAAGCCUUUGUAUGCUGAACCAGGUGCACUGGGGUGGUUUUGGAUCUCUACCAGUCUUAACAUAUUGUGAUCCUUGUGUGUGACCAGAGUUCUUAAGUGACAGCAUGUGGAUAGAUCUUCCUUGCUGCAUAGCCUGUAUUGCUUACAGGUAUAAGUAAACUCCACUGUCCCCUGCCAUUGUGGGUAUCUUUUUGAAAUAGUUGAUCUUGCAGUGAGGGAAACUAAUUAAUUCAGUGUCACAGGUUCAAAAGCACAGGCAAAUAUGGCCACACUGCAGUCAUGUCUCUAAUGGAAUAAUGCUACUUUCUUUCUCCAUUUCCCCUCCUCCUUCAGAACUUAACUAUUGCCUAAAGAGCCAGAGUUUAUCUGUGCUUAAGACAGAUUGUUGGUGAUGAAAGUCUACAGUCUGUUGUGUAGUUUGAUUUUGUAAGGCAGUUUAUGCAUUGCUGUGUGAAGUCUGAUGUCUGUCAGUAAAAGGUGUAGUGAAAGUAGUGACUCUACAUUCUCUCUGUAAUUACAUCACUGUCUAUUGCUUAGUGCUGUAUGGGUCACUUAAUAUCUUUUUCUUUCCCCUUAAAUUCCCCUUUAUAAUGUUAUAGAGAUGGUAUUACAGGUAUAAUGCCAGUACAGGUAAUGAUCAUCUCAAUGUUUGCCUCUCAGGUGACAUAACAAUAUUGUCAUGUUAAAAUCUGGGCACCUUGACAGAAAAGACUUCAGAUCCAUGACAAUCACUGUAUUUUUAUAAAUGUAGAAAAUGCAUGCACUGUACCUAAUUGAUUUUACAAGAAGAAUGGGUUUUUAUGUCUCUUCUUGAAGUAACAAGUGAUUCUUCAGCUAAAAUGCAUUUAUCAGUUUAAGUUCCUUUUCUCAGUUAUUCAGGAGACAUGAAUACCUAAGACAAUAUAUCUAAGUUAACUGGUAAACUGGAUUAUUCAAAUCAGAUUAAAAAUUACAGAUGUGUAUUUGGGAUUGAAGAGGCCAGUUGCUUGAGAAGUAGAUUAAGAUAAAGCAAAUUAAGACUGCUUUAAUUCUGAAUAUUGACUUCUACUAAACAAGUUAAUGAAAUUUAAGUAAAUUGUUUGAAUUAAUGCCUUCAGGUAGUUCAUUUCAUGUUUCUGUACAGAAAAUAAUUGUCUUCUUUAACUGCAUUUUCUUAAUUAGCUAUAUCUCAAAACACUUUCUUAUUCAAGUGUUUGGUAGAAGAGCCAGGAGGAGAAAUUGUGAUCUUGCUUUUUGUGCUAAACGUAAAAAAUAAGAACCAGGUACUAGCACAUGCUGCUUUUACUAUUUUAUCCUGUAAUUUAAGUAGAUUUUUCAGAAGUGCAGCUUUUAUAAUAUUUUCCAGGUCUUUAUUAUAAUUUACCUGCUGUUGCCAAAAUUAGACAUGCUACAUUUAAUGCACUGUCCCUACAGGAGUAACAGGAGGAAGUACCAGUAUAAGUAUGUUCAUCAGCACCUGCUUGAUGAGUCCUUGGACAUCCUUGAUGAGUGAUGUCCAAAGCCCCAUUUUGUCUUCCUGCUCAGCAACAUGAGCAUGUUUCUCAGCUAACAGUAGCAUUGAAGAUAUGGUGGUACAAGCUGAAGAGUAGCUAGCAAAGUAGGUAAAAGCUUCUUCCUUGGGGCCCUGCUUUGUUCAUUUGCCAAUUCACAACUAUUUACUUCCUGUACUCCAUAUAUUUCAACCAACAGCCGACAAGGUUAUUUUGUUAGUCCUGCAGGGUUUCUUUGUUGCUUUGCUCUGUGUCUGUGCUACAGAAGGCUGUUCCUCUGAGCCUGAUGACUGUUGCCAAGCAUGAGUAUUUCUGAUUGUCAUUUCUCUUCUUAAAGUGGGUAUGAAAAGAGUACAGAUCUGAAAGUAACUUCAUUACAGAUACUCUGUGGGCUUUGUCUGCUUUUCAAAGUACAACUUCCAGUUUGUAGUUGAGUCAAGUCAUUUGACUCUUUCUUUUCUGAGUUUUUAGUGUCUUCCUAGGUUUACCUAUUUUUUACAGUCUUAGAGGUGGUGAGCUUCUCAAAAGGUAGUGAAUAAUAGCUACCACUCUUAGCUGUGAAGCUCACCCAAGUCUUGUUUCUUUUGUAUCUGCAGUGUUUUUUUUCUGUAGUAAUAGGUCAUACUAGCUUUCAUCUCCUCUGUGUCACAAUACUUCUGUGAUUUAUAAACCGCGUGUCCAUUGCCUCUAUUAGUACAGUGAAUUUAUUUCACUUUUUAUGUAUGGUGUGCAAGAAUUAAGGCUGGAAUAUUUAUUCAGUGCAUGGUGUGAAUAUUCUGUGUUGCUGCCAGGCAAACUCUGCAGGGACAGGAGAGGUGGGAAUCCUGCCCAGCUGGAUAAAGAGUUGUGAUUGCAGUUGUGUUCGAGGCUGCUGACCGACCUUCACAGCAUCAACUGCUCUGCACAGCAAGGACUACAAAAUGUUGAGUAAACAUUUUGCCAUGGCUCUGUUUUCAUCCUCUCCUGUAAUUUGGAGGAGACAGGAGGAGAAGCUGGGUCUCAUACCCUUGAAGAGUUAGCAAUUAAUUUACUUAAUAAUGCAUUGGAAAGGACUGCUGUACAGUGCCAAUGUGUACUGCCAGUCAUAGCCCAAGUGAAUUCAAUUUACCCUUCUGGCUGUGUUUCUACUAAUGCAAGGAAGAAAGUCACUACAGCAUUAUUAUUUUGGAAAAAGGUUCCUGAUUUAUGUUCUUGGCUGCUAACUGGAUUUCUCUCUGCUUUAAAUCCAAACCAGCAAGAUGGUGGCUUAAUGUCAUCCCUCAUAUUGUGACUACUGGAAGGCUAUGUGAUACUCAGACUGAACAUAAUAGAUUCAGCAUUUAUCUUAAUCAUGUUCUUACAGUGCAGGUACCCAUAUUCAUAAAAACUGAGACUAAUCAGGAAUUUAUCAAAAAUACCAGAUAUUGAAGAUGAUUACCUGUAUAAACGCUUUGGCAGGAUCCUACAGAAUAGAGUGAGUGGCUUCACUGCUUGUCAUACAUUGUGCCUGUUUACUGUGUGACUAGAGGGAGGCUUUCAAAGCUGUCAGGAUAGCUUUAUUCACUAGCAUUAAUGUUCUAAAAAUAAGUAUCUCCUCAUUACUGCUCACAUGAAGCAGCAGUAGAUUCUCUUGGUGCUGUGUCUCAGAAUUUACUUGACAAGCUAGAAUAAAUUUAUGCCCUCUGAGAGGUGAAAGAUGAGAAACAAAUAGCUGACUGAAGGUUAAAAAUCUAGCAGUCCAAUGCAUUGCAUUGAUUGGACAAGCCACAGUUCUCAUUCUUCUGCCAAAACUGUAAUACCACGUGCUGCCUAUUUUUCCCGUUAGAAGCCAGUUAUUUUAUUUAUUGAGCUAGUAGUCUGUGUUUUCUGUCCUUUAGCACGAACUGCAAUUUGUAGGAAGCACAUAAUCUCGCUGAAGAAUAUUGAUUUGAUACCUAACAUUAUGAUUUCUAGAAUUCAGAAGGAGUUCAGAAAGAAUUGCCUUUUCUUAUUUCAGUCACUGUAGUAAUUUUCAGACCAAAAGAUCUCUGGAUCCUCUCUAAUGGUAAGUAGAAUGAAACCCAAGCAACAGUGGAUGUAUAUGUUUAGAGGGAAAGGAGAAUGAGCUGCUUUCUCUGGAAAUGGUCUGCAAAUUGCAGUAGCAGCUGGAGAAUCAGCAGAAAUGCCCCUCUUGCACUUUGACUAAGGAUAGUUUUAGGUGGUGUGGAAGAACAACUUCUAAAUGACUGGGAACAGGAUAAAUUGAAUUGGAGCUCAGCCAUCAGAGACAUCAGAGUUUUAACAGGCACUGCUGUGUAAGACAAGCAGCCAUCUGCCUCAUUUACUCUCCUGCCAUAGACACUUUUCUGCCAUGGUCCCAGGAGAGCCACUCCCUUAAUCAUUAGUUGUCAUCUAUUUGGUUGUACUUAAUUAAGGUUAUUGAUGGAAGCCCAGGCACCUUCUGGGAAGUUAUAUUAAUUGGAAAUAUACAGGGUAGCAGGUUCCUUCAAUCUGCCCAGAGACCUCUACUGACAGGUUGAAAUUAAUCAGAGACAAAAUCCUUUUAGUGAUAGACCUACUGAGCCAAAGCCUGCGUCAGGCUUUAACAAACGGUACUUCUCUUUAUGGUUCAUUGUCUCAGAGCUGGCAGUGAGAGAUCUAUGGCCCUGCAGAGAGAUUAGGAAGGAUGGAGAGGAAUGGAGCUGCAGGAUUUGUUCCAGAGCUCUGACACCACUAGCAUUUGUGUGCUGUUAAAUACAUUUUUUACUGCAGAAAAGACCCAUUUAAUGUGCAAAUGUCUCGGCUAGAGAUGGUUCUGGGGAUCUUGGAAUGGAUCAGAGCAGAUGAUAAUACUUUGUGGCAUCUCUGAGCAAAUAAGGAGGCACAGGUAAUUUGCAGUGGAAAUGGGCUGAAUUUCCUAGAUCCUGGGAAUUAGGGAUUAGGUAUGGCAGCUCAGAACUACUCAGGUUGACAGAAAAAUGCAGGGCAGCUGAUCUGAUUGAGAUAGCACGGGAUAAGGGCUGGUUUGGGAGUUAGGAUGGGGUGAGGCACGCUGUGAGUGCAUGAAUGCAUUGUGCUAAUAAGAGCAUUAAGUACUAAUACUGUCCAAACACAAUAGCUCAGGAGGCAGGACUUAAGUCUGAUCCAUCUGGAAUCUUAGCAAACUGGUUAGUUUCACUACUAAAGUUAAAGUGGAAGUGCUUUAAGGCAUCUCUAAUUAAAUUGGUUUAAAGAGGUCAGGGUGAGACAGAUGAAUAAAGAAUAAAGUGUGGUAGGUGAGGGCAUUAUGAACUGGUAUGAGAAGGACUGUGUUCAGGAUCUUGUAUUCAGGAUAAAUUUGUGUGGAUAUACUGGAAUUUACCUGAAAGACAUGGAUAUCAACUCCAUUCUUUUUUCCCAACACAACUGAUUCCUUAGCUUCAUCCCCUGAGUUUUAGGCAGUAUCUGAAUUUUUACAUAACUACACUAGAAAGUGAAGAAUACAUGGUGUAAUUUCUCAUCUCUUAAAGAGGUAUUUAAGAUAACAGUCUCAUUUUAAAGGGUGCAUUUUAUCACAGCAUUGUUAGCUUUGUAUUUAAUUGUGGCACAGCAUUUACCAUAUUACCAUAUGUGGCCUUUGUUCAGUUUUGAUAUAUAUGCUUUUCAAAUCUAGUAUUAAUAGUUUAAGCUCUGUGGUUCAUUUUGGUUUUGACCAGCUGAAAUGCAAGCUAGGAUUCAGCUUUAAAUGUGUUGAUGCAGUAAAAAAAGCUGUAAAUGCUAAUUAGUACAAGUUAAAGUUUCACAUGGUUUUUAUAGCUGUUCCUUCAGCAUUCACCAUAAAACAUCUCUGGGGUUCACUGUUGAUGAAAUCUGGUUUCUGACUGUCCCUAUAAAGUCAACACUUCUGUCCCAUCCAUUAGUGACUUGGUGCUAUCAGCUAUACAAAAUACAGGCUGUAGAGACAUUUGGCUAUUGAGUAAAACAGCCCUUUUGUAGUUCCACAUUCUCCCUUAAAAUUAAUAUGUAAUAUUAAAAAAUAAUGUUUAAUAGUAAAACUGUGUCCUGCUUCAGACAUCUCUGCAUGGUGUGUGCAGACACCGCCAUGUACCUUAUUCUGUUUGCUUAGGAAUCUCUAAGGCUGAUGCUCCAAUACCGGACUGAUGCCAAAAAAUUAGUUUUAAUGCAGACAACAGUAACUUACAGGAAGCUAUUACAAUUCUCCUUGUGUAAGUUUGCCUUUCUGUUUCUCAGCCUCCACUCCUCCCCCACCUCAUGUUUCUUGGAAUUACUUAAAUGAGACAUCAGCUUUUGAAGGUGAAAGGACAUGAAGGUGCUGCCACCAUUAGCUAAUGUAAUUUGGAAAAAGGGAGUUGAUUUACAAGGAGUGCAGUUCAUCUUUUCUUACCUCUUAGUACUUUUGCCUUUCCUUGUUAGUUUCUGUGCUGAUCUAGUUAGGCAUGCAGGAGGCAAAUGCAGCACGGGAACGUGGGUAGCUAGCAGUAGGUAAGAAGGGUAGCUAGAAGAUGCAAAACCAAGAGUAGCUGAACCUCAUGUGAACUUAGAAUACUGAAAUGUAUUUCAUGUCCCUGUCUUAGAUUUUCAAAAUCUCCGUUGUUCAGAGUUGCACACUGCAAGCCCUCUGGCCUAAUUUGAAGGUGUCACCCUGUUUUCUUUCUUUUCUACUGGUAGUCAAGCUCAAAGGAUAGCUUGUUUCCUGUCUUUUCAGAAAAAAAAUUGAAAUAGAGAAACAUCCUGCUUACCAAAAUGUUUCAGAACUUCCAGAAAGUGUUUGGAAUUGGAUUGGACCUGAAGAGAUGAAAAUUUAC